UAGCCUACUACUGUCUGAACUCGAUGGUUCCCUGCGCCGCGCCGGCCGCUCUAGCCUCCUCUGCCUCGCACGCUUUGGUUUCCGGCUAUGUUUGUCAGAGCUGGGCGCUGCGACUCCCAGAGGCGCUCUGCAAGUGGACCGGAAAGCGGACUGCUAGACCCUGCCCUCCGGAUCUGCAUGUUCGAGGAACCUGAGUGGGCCGAGGCGGCCCCAGCAGCCUCAGGCCUGGGGCCCGUGACCUUACAGCCUCGACCGGCGACAGCCUCGCAAAGCAAGGGCUCCAAGCACCGCCAGCUUCUAGCUACAUUACGGGCCCUAGAGGCAGCAUCUCUUUCCCAUCAACCUCCCAGCCUACCUAGCAGUGACUCUGAAGGGGAACAGGUGGAGAGGAAAAAGAAACGCCCCAAAAAGGCAUCAUUUUCCAGUGCCUCUGCAGAAGUAAGGGAGAAAAGGAAGAAGAAAUGUCACAAACAGAGCCUGAGUGGCUCUGAGGAGAGAGAACUAGAAAGGAAGGAGUGUCAUAAACGGUCUCUCCUUGGCAAUGACUCUGCUGAAGAAGAGAAAAUAAAGAGGAAACACCAGAAACAUACCCCUUCAAACCCAUGCAAGCACCUGGACAAUGUUGACCCUUCAGGUCCCAAAGCCUGGAAGAACAGGGCUACAAAUGACCCACCCAAUACAAGCCCUGGGUCUAGUUCCCCUAACCCUGCUCUUACCUUGAGCCGCAGGCAGUGGCGGAACCGGCAGAAGAACAAACGGAGACACAAGAACAAAUUUCGGUCACCUCAGGUGCCAGACCAGACUGCAGCCCAGCCCCCCACAGAGGAGACAGAUAGGUCUCCUUCCCACAGUCCAGGCAGCCAUGAGGCUCGGGCUGAGGCUCUGCGAACCCGCAUGGCACAGCGGCUGGAUGGGGCCCGAUUUCGCUACCUCAACGAACAGCUGUACUCAGGGCCCAGCAGUGCUGCACAGCGUCUCUUCCAGGACGAUCCUGAGGCAUUUCUUCUUUACCAUCGUGGCUUCCAGAGCCAAGUGAAGAAGUGGCCAGUGCAGCCAGUGGACCGCAUUGCCAAGGAUCUUCGCCAGCGGCCUGCAACCCUAGUGGUGGCUGACUUUGGCUGUGGGGAUUGCCGCUUGGCUUCAAGUAUCCGGAAUCCUGUGCACUGCUUUGACUUGGCCUCUCUGGACCCCAGGGUCACUGUGUGUGACAUGGCCCAGGUGCCUCUGGAGGAUGAGUCUGUGGAUGUGGUUGUGUUUUGCCUUUCACUGAUGGGAACCAACAUCAGGGACUUCCUAGAGGAGGCAAAUCGAGUGCUGAAGCCAGGGGGUCUUCUGAAAGUAGCUGAGGUCAGCAGCCGCUUUGAGGAUGUUCGGAUCUUUCUAGGGGCUAUGUCCAAGCUGGGCUUCAAGGUCAUCUCCAAGGACCUGACCAACAGCCAUUUCUUCUUGUUUGAUUUUCAAAAAACUGGGACCCCUCGGAUAGGACCCAAGGCUCUACUCUCAGGCCUGGAGCUUCAGCCAUGCCUCUACAAGCGCAGGUGACCCCUGGACCUCCCGCAAAAAGGGAUUCAGAACUUGAACUUCAGGCUCAGAACUCUGAAGACCAUGAGCCAUGAGCUGGUACUACCCCUCUUCCAUCCUAAGGACAAAGUCUGUUAAAACUUUUGGCUCAGCUCUGCUAUACUGAAGGCUUCUUAGUUACAGGAAACACGAAGUCACUGAGGGCCAGGAAAGAAUAAGGUAUUGUCAGAACAUGGGGAUAUUUAGAGAUCAUAGAUCACCUUAGGUAUCAUGAAAACUAGUUUGUAAUUCAAGGUAUCUCUGGUUUGGCUUCUCUUUCUGUCUGAAAGCCAUGUGGUUUGUCUGUCCUAGCAUCUCCACCCUACUCUCUUCUGAUUUGUCUGUAGACCAGCUUCCUCUGGUCACUCUUAGCUUCUGCUCCUGCACCUUCAGUCUGCCCAGGCUUUCAAGGCUACACAAAGGCAGCCUUGCUUCUUGGUGCUGGGGUAAGUCGUAGUCCAUCAACAUCUAGGUUUAACAUAUCAAUCUGAACUGCCAGGUCAAGACUUGAGAUGUCCCUCUACUAAACACUUCUACUGGUUCACCUUUCCCCUCUGCUCUCAUCUCUAUCUUUAGAAUCAUAUACUCAAAACCACUCCUAUCACCCAUUAUGCUGUGGGACCUUUGGUUAUAUGUGGCAAAUAGAAUAGAUUUUGGAAUCACAUAGACCUGGGAUUCAAAUCCUGGCCUGCCACUUACAGUUAGGAGUCAUUUAAUCUCUGAAUAUCACAUUCCUCAUUUGAAAAAUGGCAGAAUUAUUAUUUUAUGGGGUCAUUGUGUAGGUUAACUGAAGAAAUCCAAAGCCAGGCCUAUGAACAUGGGAGGUGCUCCAUAAACUGGCUGUGGCUAUUUUGUGUCAUGAGCCUCACUAUUCCUAGAAGACUUUCCUAGGUCGGUUGGAGGUUGAAGGGUGAAAAAUAGGUAUAUUGACUAAGACUGGGUUUGCUCAGGAUAAGCCCUUCAACAGACUGAUUUCCUAGGAUAUUUAGAGACUUCUAAUGGGUUUUGAGCUGUCCUCGAAGAGGAUAGUGAGGGAGCUGGAUCUCUGCUCAGAAAGAACUGAUUAAUGCCAUGUAGAAGUGGAGGGCUGGGCUGCUCAUUGGCAGGAGGUCUGUCCAUUAUUUCUCCCAUGUGGUGGGCCCAGGCCAGCAUGUCCUGGGGAAGCUAUAAGCAAGGAAGGCUGGUGUUGAGGGAAGAUGACCUCGGAUGAAAGGUUAUAGGCCUCCCCCAGAUGAUAUCUGCCAUAGGCCCAGGUGCAAAGAUGUAGCCUCCCUUACCUGUUUCUGAGAACACCUGAGAGUGCCCACUGGGAAGACAUAGGUUUCAGGCCUCUGAGCCAGUUAGAUACUUCUACUAAGGAGAUGGAGGUUUUGAAACAUGCCGUAAGCCAGAGGGUAUGCAGGGGUCCUCAAACUACGUGGCGGUAUGAUUGUAUUUGUUCCCAUUUUGUUUUUUUGCUUCAAAAUAAGAUAAGUGCAGUGUGCAUAGGAAUUUGUUCAUAGUUGUUUUUUUAAAAACUAUAGUCUGGCGCUCCAGCAGUCUGAGGGACAGUGAACUGGCCCCCUGUUUAAAAAGUUUGAGGACCUCUGGUUUAGAGCCUGGUCUGCGAACCAUUCAACAGACACUGCUCUGUGCUUUUGCAUAUGCUGUUCUUUCUGCUGCAUAUGCACCUAACUGGCAAAAUUUACUCAUCUUUUCAGACGGCCUAGUUGUUUCCUACAGCCCUACUCCCAAAGCAGAAUUCUUCAUCUGUGCUUGAAGUACUACCUGAAGAGUAUAUUUCAGCAUUUAAUUACUGCAUUGUGAUUGUUUUGUGCAUUUGGCUGCAGUUUUCUCAAAAGCCAUAUGUGUAGUAUCUUUGUAUUCCCAGAGCUUAUCGCUUGAGAUAGUCAGUGUACUUGUUCACCUAGGGAGAGAUUAAAAAAAAAAAAAAAAAUGACAGGUCCAGUUGAGUGGGAUAAAUGAGAGCAGGGGUGUUGUAGAAACCAGUUUCAGGACAUAAGGUGAAGGCACUGUGGACUAGAGGUGACGGAAGGAGUAGGCAGACAGAACUUCAUUAAUUAGAAUUUGUGGGAUGUUGAGGGUAAGUGAAAGAAACAAAUAGGAAGUAAGUCCCAGGUUUCUGGCUUGAGCAGCUGAGUGGGCCUGAUAACGUCAUUUAAAGUGUUAGAUUUUAGGUGCUCGUUAGAUGUUUAUUUGGAAGGGGAAUAUCUGUCCACAAGACCUGUGCUAGGGGGUUGGGAAUCAGCGGCCCAGAGGUAAAGUCAUAGGAAUAGAUGAGAUAUCCAGGGAACGACACUGAGAAGAGAAAAUGCCUCAAAUAGAAUUCUGAGGAGGAUAAAGGAAAAUGAACCAGUAAAAGUGAUGGAAGAUGGAAGAUUGGACCAGAGAAGUAAAAGAGUGGAUUUUUUUUUUUUAUAUGGGGAGGAAUGGGCAGGUUGUCACUGUCAAAUGCUGCUGAGAAGUCUAUUAAGAGCAGUAACAAGUCAUUGCAGUGGGAAGAGGAUUGCUGAGUGAUGUUGAGAGCCUGUUUGGGUUUAUAUAUUCAUGAGUUUAUAGUUACAGCAGUCAACCUAUUGGUGUGGUUAUUGCUGCCUAUUCGGUAAUCUAGGUGUAGAUGUAGAAAAGAAGAGGUGAGUACUAAGGGAUUAUCCAGAGUUCAUUUCAGACAAUUGAAAGGACAGUGAGCAAGGAGUUUUAGGCCAUUACCAAGUAAGUGAUGAUAGCACUUGACCACAGAAUUUUGUAGAACAGGUAAUAAAGAUAGGAUAUGUUGUUGUUCUGGGAGUAAUUGAACAAGUGAUCAGGGGGAUGAGAGGCUGUGGUCAGAAAUAGAAAUGUUUUAAUUAUUUAUUUUGGAAGCAGAGCAGUUCCAGGUGACAGCCAUCAAGGUGAGUGCCUGAGAGGCAUGCAAGGAUGGUUGCCUGGAGAGUGGUAAUGUACUAAGCGGUCAGGUAUAGGGAGAGGUUGUGUGCCUGGAUUUGGAAGUUCUCCAGGAUAAUGACAGAAGUUGGCAGUUAAAUAGGUGUCAGCCUCUUGAGGGAAGGGGAGAAUCCAAAAGAUCUGUAGACUAAGGGAGGGAGAGGCAGAAUGGCAGGAAUUUUAAAAAGGAUUUUUAUACAGCCUGCUGGAGAGACUCCAUUGUUGGGGGUGAUGCGAGGCUGGUGAAUGUAGCUGGUAGCCAACAAAAUGUGCAGUCAGCAUGUCAGGAUUCAGUGGGCUUGUUGGGAAAACCUGCCUAUCGUGGCAGCUCCGUAAGGCAGGAGGUUUCUGGAAUAACUAAGCAGGAGGUAAGCCACAAAGGCCAAAGGAUGUGUUAGAGUAGCAGAGCAUCUGUCUCACUGUAGGAUCCUCAUCACCUUUUAUAGUUCCAUAUUUGUGCUUUUUUCCAAAAUAAUUGAUGUUAUUCAAUUUUUCCUGUUUUCUUCUGCUCUGCAGGACAGUGAGGGUUUGCUUUCCUCCCUUACUUAUAAUUUGGAUUCUCCCUUUGCCUCUUCCUGCUCAGGCCACCUGAGUAAACAUCUCUUAGGAUCUGAGGCAGGCCCUAGGCUCUUCCUAGUAGCCCUUGUCAGUUACCCUGCUUCUGAAAGCAGGACUUUCCUGAGCUUGAUCUGGGUCUUCCCUGCUCCAUCAUUGGCUUCUGGACAAGCUCUUGUUCAAGUCUAGGCCUGGGCUUUAGUGUCUAACGUUGAAAGCCUAGACAGAAGAGAGAAGAAAGCAUAUUUCCCUAAGAAAUAACAGUAUGUUCUCUGUUUAAGGAACAAAGAGCAGUGUAGCUAGAACAGAUAAAGAGUGGCAAGAGUAGUAGGGGAUGAGUGGAGUGGGAGGAGGUUGCUCCCGCUCCUCUGUUAAAAGGAGUGGCUCUCAAACUUUAGAGUGCUUUAGAAUCACUUGGAAGCUCCUAAUAAUGCAGAUUCCUAAGCCCUCUUCCAGAAUUGCUGAUUUGGUAGAUCAGGAUAGAGCCCUAGAAGUUCUUUUCUGGUUGCCUUUUCUCAGUGAAGCAGGAAGCAAAUUUGUUGGUUGAGAGUGAGAAUGGAGAAGAGCUUGGAGUUUUGAAGACAGGAGAAUGUGAAUAUUGUUUCGAGGAGAAGAAAUACAUGAAAUAAGAAAAUAAGUGUUACUGCUGGCAGCACUAAUAGCACGCUUGAGAUUUCAGGAUCAUAAAAUGAAGAGGAUGAAUGAGAUAGGAGACUGGUACAAGUUUGCUUUGCAGAGAGAGCUUGUUAUUCUGAGACAUUAUACAGCUGGGCUGUCAAACCCAACCCCCUCCUUUGGCUGGGAGAUUGAGGAGAGAGUUGCAGGGGAUCACCCAGAAUAGAGCUGCAUCCACCAGGAUCAAGGGAAUGGCAGAGAGGGGACAACAGAGACCCCCACCCCCUUUAAAUACCUGCCAGACCCAUAGGGCACAGAACUACCCAGUCAAGCCAGACUACUUUAUCCUCUUUUUUAUUUUCAGGACCCAAAGCAAUCAGCAGUGGUUAGGUGGUGAAGAGAGUGAAGAGCAUACAGAUCACUCCCCUCUUGCCCAGUGCAGGCUCCUUGACUUUGAUGGGGCAGAGGUGGGGGGAGAAAAGAUUUGAAGCUACAACAGGUGCAGAUUAUUUAUUGUUACACAAGAUUAGUCAUUCUGAUUAGUUAAAUUAGGCAAUGUUUAUGCUUUAUUUGAUUGUAGGACCAUCAUUAACUAAGAAUAUCACAGGCUUGCUGCAGCUCUCUCCACAGUAGAGAAAGAGCAUCCCUUGAUGAAUAAAGUUGGAGGGUGGUUAAGAGAAGAAUCAAGUUGGGUUUGGAUAAUCCAUGCCUCAAGCUGGUUCAGCAUCCUUUUUAGAGGUCUCCAAGUAAAUAAUUAUUGCUUUUGCAGUAUUGGUGUGUUCCAACUUUUGUUCCUGUAAUACAGGCUUGAGGGAGCACCGUUCCAAAAGAAACAACAUGAUCUUGGCAGAGACACAGCCCAGUUCCAAACACUGAGCCAUUUACAUAAUUGCACAAAGCUCUCUAUAGCUUUUCACAGACAGAGACCGGUAAUUAGAACCUUUUAUCCCCAGAUUGUCCUCUUUCCCAGGUGACUUCUAUGACCAGCCACCUGAUUCUGGGAUAUUUGACUCCUGUAGUAACUGCUUUACUGGUCUAAUUGCUUCUGCUCCUACCCCCAAAGCAAUUAAUUUUCCACACAGCCAAGUGAUCUUUUUUAAAUGCAAAUCAUAUUAUGUCACUUCUCUGCUUAAAAUCCUUCAAUGGAUUCUCAUUGCCCUAAGAACAAAUGAUAAACUCCUUCCCAGGCCCUACGUGAUCUUGCCCAGGCCUCUACCUCCAGCUGCAUCUUAAGCCAUCCUGCCCCCCACAAAACUCCAGUCACACAGACUUUUCUUUUCUUUUCUUUUCUUUUUUUUUUUUUUUUUUGAGAUAGAGUCUCACUUUGUCACCCCAGUAGGUGCAGUGGCAUCACAGCUCACAGCAACCUCGAACUCCUGGGCUUAAGUGAUUCUCUUGCCUCAGCCUCCCAAGUAGCUGGGACUGUAGGUGCCUGCCACAAUGCCCGGCUAUUUUUUGAUUGCAGUAAUGUUGUUUAGCAGGCCCCAGCCAGGCUCAAACCCACCAGCUUCGAUGUAUGUGGCUGUCACCCUACUCACUGAGCUAUGGAUGCUGAGCCCUACACACAGGUUUUUCAUCCCUCAAGGAUUUCAAGCCACUUCUACAUGUCAGGGUCUUUACACAUGCUGCUCUGGCUUCCUAGAAUACUCUUCUCCGUUGGUUCGUUUUCAUCUGCUAGAUAUUUACACCAACAUCACUUUUUCUUCUGUGGGAGAAACUGGCCAUAUGCUCACAAAAUUUUCUCUUUCUGGACAUACAGGCAAACAACAUUUCCCAGCUCCAUGCAUCUAGGCAGGGCUGUGUGAAUAGUUCUCACCAAUGGAAAGUGAGUGGAAGUGAUAUUUCAGUACCUGAGCCUUUUCCAUGUUCUCUCAUUACCUUCUUUGCCUGCUAAGGUGACCUUGAAGCAUGUGUUUUGAAGGUAAUAGUCAUAAUUACAGCAUGAAAAAGUUUAGAUACCCCUGUCACUACUUGGAGAAUAACUUCUUAACCAAGAACAUUCACAUUGGACUUUCAGUAAAAUAAACCUAUCUUGUGUUUAGUGUUUGUGACUGGGCGGUUUUGCAGUCUAUAUAGUUAUCUUUAUAUAACCAUGGAUAUAUCUUCUGUGGACAUCCUAUCCCCCUUAUUCUUGACCUCAAAACCCUGUUUACUUCCUUCAGCGUGCUUCUAACAUUUGAUGAUCUAUCCAGUUGCCAGUCAGCACUUUCUAUUUGUCUCGUGAAUUUAAAAUUGGGGGAAAAAUACAUCAUGAAGUUGAGAUGUUCAUUUUAUUGGUCAUUUUGAUUGUGACAAAAAAAAAAAUCACUAAAGAAUGCUUUAAACAGAUUCUAUUUUUGUUUUUUUCUCUCAUAACAAGAAACCUGAAAGUAAGUGACGUGGCAUUGGUUGAAAAGCUCAAGGAGGUUAGGGCUGAGAUCUCUGUGAUUCUCUUAGUCUCUUGAUUUUUAUGGUCACAAGAUGGUAUGUUCUUGAUUAAGCAGGGAUACCUUACUAAUAGACUUCAGGGUCUUUCUAAUAGUCUCAUCAUGCUCCUCUGUCCCUUUGGCUUCACUUCAAGGGUCCUACAUUGUUAAUAUUUUGGUAUGUAAAUGUGUUCUAUUCUUCCCUAUAACUUAACCUGAGACCAAUCUAAAAUAUUAACAUUUAAAAUAUUUUCCCCCAUUCCUGCCCACACAUCAGGGAUCUUUCAGCAGUUAUCCAGUUGAAAGCCACUGUCACGCCAGCUCAGUGGGGAGAAACAUGAACUGUUUUCCUUUACUCAUUUACUCCCACUGUCUCUUCUAGGAUUGGAAUAGCGGAGAGUGUGUUAGAGAAACAGUGAACUUACAUGUUUAAUGCAUAAUUGGUGUGUUAUAUCAAGAUAAGCAUUUAAACGUGGACUCUAGUGUGAGGUAUUGGUUUUCUCUGGAGCUCUGGAACUUGUGUACUGACUUAGGUUGUCUCUUGUGAUGCACAACCCACAAUGCUCAUCAACUCCUUAGCUCCUGACCCUGACAGUGCCUCCUAGUGCUGAAGUGUUUGAUGUUAGCAGGCAGCCCUUCUGGGAGAGGUCCCAGUAAAUCCUCAAGACUGGUUAUCUUUUAAGGAGCCCCCAGGAAACUGAUAAAUAUUUGUCAUGCCAAAUAGUGGAAGUACAGCCUAUCCAGCAGGUGGCUUUUCUCUUCCUGCCCUGCCCCAUGCCCAGCCAAUUCUGACUUCUCCAUGUGAGAAGUAAGUGCCAGUCUAUACUCAUGGCUGGAAGUCCUUCUGAGUGAUUCAGCUUAUGUUAGGAGAAUCCUCCACCCCAUACUCCAGAUGGAGAUGGAUCUAUAAGUUUUUGAGCUUAGCAAGCCUCUAGCUAGAUAAGGUAAUGCUGAAUAAAUGUAAUGUCUCCCUCUCGUGGGAAUAUAACAUGUCUACAAAUGGUCUUAUUGGAGCUCUCAUCACUUAGUUUAGAAUGGAGGGGACAUCACUGUUCCUUUGCCUUACAGGGAGUUCUCCCUAUUCCUGAAGAUUCUUGUCAGUGAAUCUUUCAUAUCUAAUCUCAUACAUUAGAAAGGGUGGUGGUCUCUGGAUCAGCUUUAAUCUUAUGUGGAUAUAUCUAACCCCUAUAUGUAGAAUGUAUUAGUACCUAUUACCUCUUUUCCUCAGUUUUGUUGUGUUACCCUAAAAUCUUAGACUACAGAAAAACUCAUUUAAUAGGCUCUUUUACUUAUGCAGAUGUUCUUGUGAAAUAUGAAUUUUUCAUUUGUGUGCAUCUGCUUUAUUUAUAGAUACUAGUGUCUAUAAAUCUGUUCUUAUUUCUUGCUUUGUUUAAAAAUCACUCAGCUAUGUGGUUGGUUGGUUAGUUUUUGAGACGAGGCCUUACUAUUUUGCCUAGGCUGGUCUUAAACUCCUGGGCUCAAGUGAUCCUCUUUCCUCCGUCUCCUGAGUAGCUGGAAUUACAGGUACACACCAUAACACCUGCCUUUUAAUGGUGCUUUAAAUAUCCGUCCAUAUGACUGGGAGCAGUGGCUCAUGCCUGUAAUCCUAGCACUCUGAGAAGCAGAGGUGGGUGCUGAGCUAGAGCAAGACCUCAUCUCAAAAAUAGCCAGGCAUUGUGGCAGGCGCCUGUAGUCCCAGCUACUUGGGAGGCUGAGGCAAGAGAAUCACUUAAGCCCAAGAAUUGGAGAUUGCUGUGAGUUGUGAUGCCAUGGCCCUCUACUAAGGGCAACUAAGUGAGACUCUAUCUCAAAAGUAAAAAAAAAAAAAGAAAAGAAAAACCCAUCCAUAUAUUAAGAUCCAGAGAAGAAAAUAGAAACCACACUAAGUAUUUGAAGAAGAAGGCUUUUAUUUUUAAAAAAUUAUUUAGGCCAUUAUGUUUUUUUUAAAUUCUAUUUUUAAUGUGUAUGUAUUCAUGGGGUACAAUUUUGCUACAUUGAUGUAUUUGCAUUGUGAUGAAGUCAGGGUUUUCAGUGCAUGUGUCACUGACAUAACACUUUGUACCUACCAAGCAACCCAAUUCCAUCCAUGUUGGUGCAAGAGACGUAAUUUCAUUCAGACCUCUGUUGGUGGACACUUAGGUUAAUUCCAUAUCUUUGCUGUUGUGAAGUAUGAGUGCAGGUUUCUUUUCUAUUUAUUGAUUUCUUUUCCUUUGUAUAGCUAUCUAGUAGUGGGAUUGCUGAAUUGAAUGGAAGUUCUAUUUUUAGUUCUUUGAGAAAUUGCUAUACUGUUUUCUAUAGAGUUUGCACUAAUUUACGUUCUCACCAACAGUAUAUAAGAGUUAACAAGAGGGCUUUUAAUAUAGAAAAUUGGUUAUAAGUAUUAGAAGGCUGAAAGAGUAGAAAGAAGAUGCUGAUGUAAUUAAAAAAUUAAUAACAGCAGAAAUCAGAUAACAUCCCAAGGCCUGGAAAGAUAAAAGGGAAGAAGGGAUAGAAUUUUCAGAAAGUAGGCACUCAGGCAGUGCCUGUAGCUCAGUGGGUAGGGCGCCAGCCACAUACACCCAGGCUGGUGGGUUCAAACCUGGCCUGGGCCAGCUAAAACAACAAUGAUAAUUGCAACCAAAAAAGUAGCCAGGCGUUGUGGUGGGUGCCUACAGUCCCAGCUACAUGGAAGGCUGAGGCAAGAGAAUCACUUAAGCUCAAGAGUUUGAGGUUGCUGUGAGCUGUGACACCAUGGCACUCUACCGAGGGUGAUAUAGUCAGACUUUGUCUCAAAAAAAAAAAAAAAAGAAGGCACUCAGAGAAGGAGCCUUCUUUGACUUAUACUCAGACUUUUGUAGGCGGAACUUCCUCCACAUACCUGGUGCUUGAAGCUCUUAGGAAAGGCAUGGAAAAGCAAAGUGUGACUGUCCUCUGAUUGCCAAAGGGUGGUUGGUCUGCUGCUAAUACCUGCAAAGUGUGGCUAAGCUGGUGCUGAGCAAAGUGUGACUGUCCUCUGACUGCCAAGGGGUGGUUGGUCUGCUGCUAAUACCUGAGAAGUGUGGCUAAGCUGGUGCUGAGCACAGUGAACAAGCUAGUAGCUGGAGACAACUGUCUGCAACUGAAGUGAUGUUACAGCAACUAGAAAACAGAAAUGAAGUCCCUCUUUCUAUCUUUCACUUUCAGUUUCCUUUUGGGGUGUCCCACUGGCAGAACUUAACAGGAAAUCAGCUGGCAGUGGAUUCUGGGAAGUACAGUUGACAGAAUUCUUGCUGCAACAACACAACCAGAAUAUGUACAUGUGGGGGUAGGAAGUUAUGGAAUAGGGGUAGAUACAUAGAGACUAGAUGCUGAAAGAAAAUAGGUAAAUAAUGGGCAGCACCUGUGGCUCAUUGGGUAGGGCGCCAGCCCCAUAUACUGAGGGUGGCAGGUUCAAAUCUGUCCUGUCCAAACUGCAACAAAAAAAUAGCCAGGCGUUGUAGUGAACGCCUUUAGUCCCAGCUACUUGGGAGGCCGAGGCAAGAGAAUUGCCUAAGCCCAGGAGUUGGAGGUUGCUGUGAGCUGUGACGCCACGGCACUCUACCCAGGAUGAUAAUGUGAGACUCUGUCUCUAAAAAAAAAAAAAAGGAAAA